GAAGACAUUGAUGGUUGAACCCACCCGACACCAAGACCAAGACCAAGGAGAAAAAAGUUGUAAGGAGGAGCACGGAGCCACCGGAUCCACAGAUCGCCCUUCCCCCCCUUCGUCUCCGGCGCCCUCAUGCUCAUGGACGACGCCCCACCACCCGCGGCCCAAACACUCGCGCUCGCCGUGGAGGACAAGGGGGCCAAGCGCGCGCGCAAGAGGAGCAGGUACCUCGACGACUACGAGACCCCCACCAUCCUCAGCGCCCUCCACGGCGGCGACACCCCGCCUCCAAGAAAGGGGGCGGCGAGCGAGGGCCCGGCGCUGCUCCUCCGGCUCCAGCAGGCCGACGUCGCCGCGCCCGACCUGCUCGCCGCGCUCCGCCGCUGCGCCGCAUCCCCCUACGACUACGAGCCCCUGGUGGGCAACGUCGACGCCGGCGCCCUCCUCGCCUUCUUCGCCCUCCACAGGGAAGCCUCCGCCUCCGUCUCCGUGCCCGCCACCGGCCGCGCCGGCAAGGACGACGCUGCCCUGGUCAGCAGCACAGGUCAGCAUCGCUCUAACGAAGCUCCUGCCACCGCCGCCGCUCGCCCGAAUCCAUGCCAGGCCAUGGCCGUCGCCGUCCCCCACGGAUCUGCCGGCAAGGAACAGGCCGGUGGCAUUGCCAUUGGACACGCACAAGCCCACCACCACGUUGGAGUUGGACCAACGAAUGCAGCAGCAGCAGCACCAGGAGGAGCCGGACCCAGCAAGAGGAGGAGGAAGAAGAAGGUGACAUUCGCACUCGGCGCGCCUACUAGUGCCGCCGACGCCGGUUGCUCUGCUCAACUCGCUGCCACCCACAACGGCGGCGCCGGUUCCGCACCCAAGAAGCCGGCCAAGAACAAGAAAGCUGUCAACGGGCAGCAGCAUUUCAGCAAGCCGGUGGCCCUCAUCCUGCAAUUCGCCCCGGGCACCGCCGCCGACCAGCUCCCUUCCAAGGAGCAGCUCCACUCCACACUCCGCGGCUUCGGGCCCCUGAUCGAGCCCAGCACCGAGAUCACCAAGAAGCAGGCACGCGUCGUGUUCCAGAGCGGCGCCGCGGCCGAGGCCGCCUACAGCUGCGUGCACACGCUCGGCCACUUUGCCGCGGCGCGGCUGCAGUACCUGCGCCCGCCGCCGCCCCCUCCAAAGAUCCCGCUGACAGACGUCCGGAAGAACCUUGAGAGGAUGAUCGCGUCCCUCACCGGCCCCUCUCUGCUCGGCAAGGAGGACAGCGCGUGGAGCCUCGCCGGAGAGAUGCAGCACCUGCUGGUCAAGGUCGACAGGGCGCUGAAUGCCGGCGGGGCAGGGCCUUCCACCUCAGUUGCUGCUCAUCGCCAUUGAUCUCUCAGCUUGGAUCAGCUCUGCUCUGCUCUGGUCUGCUACAUGGAGAUAAGCUCUCCCUACCUCCUAGUAUAGUUUGUUAGUGAUCCAGGUGCUCUUGUAUAUUACUAGCUCUAGUCUAGUUCCACCUCAGCUGCUGCUCAUCACCAUUGAUCUCAGCUCAGCUCAGCUCUUCUGUGGUCUAGUCUGCUACAUGGAGAUAAGCUCCUCCUACCCCCUAGUAUAGUUAGUUUAGUCAGUGAUCCAGUUGGUCUUCUUGUAUAUUAUGAACCCUAGUCCUCCUUAGGUACUGCUACUGCUCGAAUAAUCGUAGCUGCUAGUCUCACUCGGUAUGUUUCAGUGUCGAUCCAUACUGCCUGCAGCGACGAUCGAGCUUCUAAUCUCAUGUGUAAUAUAUAUCUACCUGCUACCAAUGAACUAAGCUAUGGUGUGCUUGAUCC